CGUUCGUUCGUUCAUUCGAAGAGACUGUGGAGUUCGAGAAAAGCGUGUUCUAUCAUUGCCGGUGUUUCUCGUUUUUUUUUUUUGUAUAUUUGUAUAUUGUGUUCAAUUAUCUUUCAUUUGAUAAAAUAUUUUAAAAGCUAUCAGUGAAAUUUUUUAUAUGCAAACGAAGUGGAAUGCAAACAAAACAAUAGAAUAAUAUCUAUCCUACGGUCGUUGGAAAAGAGAAACUUCAUUGUCAAGUGUUGGGGUCGCAUUCGCGACCCAGACAUCAGCCGAGAUGAACGUGUGACCUUUGUGGAUAGAGCAUAAUCCAUCUCGUAACUGUCGUGUGAGCACGUGCGCAUCUCGUAUUCGACAUGUGUGUUAUGCACACACAUAAAACUGAAUACAUCGAUCGAAGGGCAGGUGGUGGGUAUAUUCUCAGACAAGAUGCUCAGUUUAACAAGAAGGUGGCGUGGGGUACGGCAGUAAUGGAAUUGCAGAGCUGGCUGCUCUAUCAUCUUGUAGCCGUAACCGACUGCAAUCAAGUGAUGCAGUCGGCGACUACAUUGAACGGGGGAUCUUAUCCCGCCGGAGGCACCGGAAGUCGCGCUCGUGAUUUAGGUCUUCGAGCGCAAAAAAAACUUCUCGGCAGAGUCGUAUCUACAGGAGCCGGAAGAUCACUGUUGAUAGAUGAUGCUACUACAUCACUUCUGGAUAAUCUUUAUAAACUUAUGGAAAGAGCUGCAAAAACUAAUCCUAGUUUAGACAAGAAGCAACCUGAAAAGGUUUUAAAGAAUAUUGUUAAAUUGUCCAUUAAGGUGGGUCUUCUACAGCGUAAUCAACAAUUAAACGUUACCGAUGACACGAAACUCGCCGAAAUAAGAACUGCCCUUAGAGCUGUAGCUAUGUCUGUGGUUUCGUUUUAUGAAUUAGAAUUCAGUUUUGAUAGGGCGUAUUUAAUAAAAUCAUUAGAACGAUGCAGAACUGCAAUACAAACAUUUAUAAAGCCACAUCUUACAGAUAAAUCUCAAGAUCGAUGUGAUCAAGUGUUCGAUUUCUUAACGCAUUCCGAUUUUUUGGAUUCCGUUUUUAGGCAAGAUUCGGAACAUAGACCUAUCCUUGGAAUGCUAGUUAGUGAUAUAAAUAAGGCCUUAGAUGCUGGGCAUCUUUGAUUUUUUUUUAAAAUGCGACUGAAUUUUUGCAAUCAAUGGGGAGCAUAAACGAAAAUUAUACUUAUAUUUACUAAAAGAUAAUUAAGGGAAGAUAAUAAUUUUCCUCCCUAAUUAUUUUUUGAAAAAAAAAAAAAAAAAAAGAAAGAAAGAAAGAAAAAAAGUCAAAAAAAGAAACCCAAUGUAUGUGUGAUAUCAGUUAUUUACAGUCGCCUGUAUAAUAAAAAAUAAUGAUAAAUAUGUUUUUGAUAUGAAAGGGUUUUGAAAUAUAAUGUUUCCCGUGAAAAUCGAUCGAUUUCACAGUAGUGCUCACCAAUUUAUGCAAUAAUUGUGAAAUACUCUAUUUAUUUUCAGAAUGUAUAUUGUUAUGAUCAGUAUAUUUAUUUACAAUACUUAUACGUUAGAAUACCAAUUGUCAAUCUAUACCAAAAAAAAAAAAAAAAGAAAUGAGCUUAUUUAUACCCAAAAAUGGGUUUAUAGUAAUUAUGGUAGAUUAUGUUAAUCUUAACAAAAUAGCACAUCAAAAAAGCAAUUUGUCAUUACUGAGAAUGCACUAAAAAUAUGUGCUCUAAAAUAUCUUUUUUAUUCAAGAGCUAUACUCUGACAUAUCGAUGAGUAUAUCUAUAAAGAUAAAUUUUUUCCUGUUACUAUAUGCCUCAAUACAUUUUCGACACAACAUAUCUAAUAUAGUGGCUAAGCCUCGAUAAUUAAAUUGAAAAAUAUUUACAUCACAUGUAUUACAAGUAUGUCGCAGUGUUGCGUGUUUUGUAUAAAUUAUACAUUCUUUACACAUUAUUUGUGAUGAUUCUAAAUGAAAUAAAAAUCUUGUAUUGAUAUACCAUUAAUAAAUUAUUUGUAAUAAGAGGAA